AUAUCAUUCUUUGGCGUGAUGUGUUUGGUACCACCAGUUAAUGUGCAUACAAUGUGUUUCAGGAGGAGUGGGCGGAUUAAGCUACCGCAUUUCUACUGUUGCAUAUGGUGAGCGAGCAAAUACUCGAUGAGCAAUCCAAUCCGAACUACUGAUUAGUUUUUUUUUUUUUUAAAUCCAAAGAGAGUGAGAAUCAUAAGCUGUUCUUAAUGUAGAGGACCUCAAAGAUUUAUGAUGUAGAUUAAAUACUGAAUUGUCUUCAUCUUCAACCAAUUUAAAAGGUUUCGUAAAAAAAACUUGGAAACUUUUGGUAUGCUAUUUAGCAAAAAAAAAAAAAAAAAAAAAAAAUUGCUACGCUAAUGCAACUGUACUGAGUUGGCAAUAUGACAUGGGCCCCCACAGUGGAGCUUACAAAGCAACACGUGUCAUGCUUACCUGGCAAAAGAACUACAGCUUACACACGUGGCACGCUUAGUUGGCGAAAAGGAUGGUUAUGAUUUUGCUUCCUUCCCUUCCUUCCUUCCUUCACGGGUUACGACGGCAACAAAGCAUUUUCGAAGCUCUUUACGCGUGAAUCCUGUUUCUGCCUGCACACUCUGAGAGGAGGAGAUUCAUGUCUAAUCCUGUUUAAAACGCAGCGUUUUCAUUCCGUGUUUGUUUAUGAUUACGAAAGCUAAUCCCCCAUAAUCUGGGUUAAGCUCCAAACAAACCAUGGACACUGGAGGAUUCUCCCGCACGAAUCACGAACCCUCACCGUCCGAUGAUCAUCAAUUCCACUCGAUGAACGCGCUCGAGAUUCUACGAGAAACCGUACGGAUCCUCCGCUACAACCUCGCCGCGUUCACGCUAACCUUACUCCUCCUGAUCUGCCCCGUCUCCGCCAUCCUCCUCCCCAACCUCCUCGUCGAUCAAUCAGUCGUCAAUUCCCUCACCAUCCGCCUCCUCCUCCUCGCCAAAUCCAGCGGCUUGCCGUUACUCCCUUUCGUUCGAAACUCGUGCCAGAAAUUCUCCGAAACCGCCGUCUCCUCCGCCGCGUGCUUCCCUCUCUUCGUCACUCUCUCGCUUCUAUCCAGAGCCGCCGUCGUCUACUCCGUCGAUUGCACUUACUCCAGGAGGAAAGUCGUGGCGACUAAGUUCGUUGUGAUCAUGCAGAGACUCUGGAAACGUCUCGUCUUCACUUACCUUUGGGUCUGCGUCGUGAUCGUCGUUUGCCUCACUUCCUUCUGCGUGUUUCUCGUUGCUGUUUGCAGCUCCUUCUUCGUUCUUGGCUUCUCUCCUGAUUUUAACGCCUACGGAGCUAUAUUAAUCGGUUUGGGGUUCUCUGUGGUGUUCGCUAACGUGAUUAUAAUCUGCAACACGACGAUCGUGAUUUCGAUUUUGGAAGAUGUAUCCGGUCCAAGGGCGUUGGUGAGAGCGAAUGAUUUGAUAAAAGGGCAGACGCAAGUGGGGUUGUUGAUUUUUUUGGGGUCGACGAUAGGGUUGACGUUUGUGGAAGGGCUGUUUGAGCAUAGGGUGAAGAUUUUGAGCUACGGAGAUGGGUCGUCGAGGAUUUGGGAAGGUCCGCUGCUUGUGGUGAUGUAUUCGUUUGUGGUGCUUAUUGAUACGAUGAUGAGUGCGGUUUUCUAUUUUAGUUGCCGGUCUUAUAGUAUGGAAGCUGUGGAGGCUCUUGAGGCUUCUGGUGGUGGGACUCAGCCCAUUAUGGAGAUGGUGUCUCAAGAUUUGUCUCUUCUAUAAGAGUGUCUUUUCGGAUUUUUCUCACACAUUUAGUUUCGUUCUGUUUUCUUGGUUUCUAUACACAAAGAGAGGGAGCACAGCAUACUCCAAUGAUCAUCGGUUGCAGGAGUUGUGGGCGAGUUAAGGUGCCUCAUUUCUACUGUUGCAGGGGUGCGAGCGCAAUACCUGAUCAGCAAACAAUUCUCACAUUUUGGGUAGAACUUACGAUGUGAACAAGUUUUUGUUGGAUUUGGAUCUCAAGAGGGUGGAAAUAUCAGACAUUGUUUUUAGUGGGAUGACUCAAAGGAUACGUUGUAGGCUUAGUUGACUCUGUUUUGGCAUAAAUCAUUUGGAUUUCUCCUGCAGAAUCAAUAUGAUAUUUCCUUUGUUUGAA